ACGCAUUCUACCGUGUGCAUUUUUACCCCUAACCUGAAGGGGCCAGCAAAUCCUCUGACCCUGCGUUUUCGUCUCUCUCCUGAGCACAAUACUACCCCAACUUCCGGACAGGAGUUUUCAAACAACACUAGCUAGCCAGCUAGCCGCUACACAUUUUUGCUCAGGGAAUAUCGGCAAUUUUGCUGAGAGUCAGUAGUGGGCUAGCCUGUUUAUCAGCCGUCGACGAUGUCAGCGAGCUCCAAGAGAAGACGAGCCACUUCUCCUUCCAGCAGCAUCAGUGGAGCGGGAGAUCUCGAUGAUACUUCCUCCUCGACUCCUGGAAGUGGAAGAAAAAGAAGGAGAAUCUCCAAUGUUCCCCCCGUGGAUACGAUUGCUGUAUGUCAUGAGCUGUUCAAUGCUGUCAGGGACUUUAAGGAUGAUCAAGGGAGGCAACUUUGUGAAGUUUUUCAUAGGGUACCAAAGAGGAGAAAUCAGCCUGAUUAUUAUGAAGUGGUUUCCCAGCCCAUUGAUAUGACAAAAAUCCAGUACAAAUUGAAGUCAGAAGAAUACAGUGAUGUGGAGCAGCUUACUGCAGAUUUUCAGCUCUUGUUCAACAAUGCCAGAUCUUUCUACAAGAGAGACAGUGACGAGUAUCAAGCUGCAUGCAGGCUUUGGGAGGUAUAUUUGCAAACUAGGAAUGAAUUUGUUCAGCCUGGAGAAGGAGAUGAGGAUGAUGAUGAUGGAGAUGAUAUGAUGGAUACUCCAGGAAUGUCGGCUGAUGACGAGACAUCAAGUGGGAGUUUGAAAGAAGUGCUGGAGCAACUUUUAGAGGCUAUAGUAUCUCACACUGAUCCCUCAGGGCGACUAGUCAGCGAACUGUUCCAGAAACUGCCUUCCAAAGUGCAAUACCCAGACUACUAUGCCGUUAUAAAAGAGCCAAUAGAUCUGAGAACGAUCGCUCAGAGAAUACAGAUUGGAUACUAUAAAACUGUCAAUGCUAUGGCAAAGGACAUUGACCUGAUGGCCAAAAAUGCCAAAACAUACAAUGAACCAGGAUCUCAGAUUUUCAAGGAUGCAAACACCAUGAAGAAAGUCUUCAUUCAACGAAAAAUUGAACUUGAACACGCAGAACCCACUAAAUCAAGUCUUCGAAUCAGAAAUCGCAGGUCAGGACAGGGGGAUCGGCUUUCUGGUGUGAGUGUAGCUCUCCAGUAUGGUUCAGAGAGUGAGGACGACCCUCUGCUUUCAGGCUCUGUGUGCUACGAUGAGGGGGAGUCUGAAGCUGAAAGCCAGAGUUCGAGUAUGGAGAUGAGCAACCCAAUCUUCCAACUGUAUGAAGCUGUGAGGGGUGCCAGGAAUAACCAGGGCCAGGUGUUCUCUGCACCUUUUCAGCAGCUACCUUCUCGCAGGGAGUAUCCUGACUACUAUCGGCACAUAAAACAGCCCAUCUCUCUGCACAAUAUUCGGACCAAAAUGAAGAAUGGCGAGUAUGAAAGUGUGGAACAAAUAGACGCAGAUCUCAGUUUGAUGUUUGAGAAUGCUAAGCGCUACAACAUGCCAAAUUCAAGCAUUUACAAACGGGCUUUUAGGCUGCAGCAGAUCAUGCAGGCAAAAAAGAGAGAACUUCUGAGAAGAGAUGAUGAGGAUGGAGACAGCAUUUUGUCCUCUGAUGCGGGGAGCGUCAAGAGGAAAAGCCACAAGAAAAAUGUCAAGAAGAACCGAAUGAAAGCCUUAUAUGCUGCAGUGACAGAGGCCAGAGAAGCAGGCACCAGUCGACGUCUCUGCGAUCUUUUCAUGGUCAAACCAUCCAAGAAGGACUACCCCGAUUACUACAAUGUCAUCCUAGAGCCGAUGGACUUGAAAACCAUUGAGCACAACAUUCGCAAUGAGCGCUAUGCCACGGAGGAGGCUCUAAUGGAAGACAUGAAGUUAAUGUUCCGUAACGCCCGGCAUUACAAUGAGGAGGGAUCUCAGGUUUAUAAUGAUGCUGACAUUUUGGAGAAGAUACUGAAAGACAAACGUAAGGAGUUGGGACCCCACCUUGAGGAGGAUGAUAUGGGAUCGCCAAAACUGAAACUGCGUAAGAGGUCUGCAAUAUUAGGAAAGAGUGGCGUUUCUCCAAAGAAGUCCAAAUACCUCACCCCUCUUCAGCAGAGGCUAAAUGAGCUGUAUGAUGCUGUGCGUAACUUCACCGACCGCCGAGGUCGGCGUCUAAGUACAAUUUUCCUCCGUUUGCCCUCCCGCGCUGAGUUGCCUGACUACUAUGCUACAAUCAAAAAGCCUAUUGAUAUGGAACGUCUGCGAAGCCAUAUGGCAGCCGGCCGCUUCCAAGAUGUUGAUGCUUUGGUGGAAGACUUUGCCCUCAUGUUCAACAAUGCCUGCAUAUACAAUGAGCCAGAGUCUCUGAUUUAUCGAGAUGCUCUUGUGUUGCAUCGAGUGUUACUGGAGACCCGAAAGAAGCAGGAGGGAGGGGAGGAUUUUGGACCUCCAGCUGUGGGAGCUCUGGUGCGAGAGCUUAUCAGGAACCUGUUUGUGUCUGUAAUGGGGCACCAGGAUGAAGAGGGCCGAUGUUACAGCGACUCGCUGGCUGAGAUUCCUGCUGUGGAUCCUGCUGCCCCAGAAAAGCUACCACUCAACUUUGAUAUUAUCAGGAUGAAUGUGGAGCGUGGCCGGUACAGAAGACUGGACGUCUUCCAGGAGCACAUGUUUGAAGUGCUAGAGAAGGCUAGGAAGCUGCACAGGACAGAUUCUGAGGUAUUUGAAGAUGCAGUGGAGCUGCAACAAUUUUUUAUUAAGAUACGGGAUGAGCUGUGUAAAAAUGGAGAGAUUCUGCUCUCUUCUGCACUCAACUACUCCAUAAAACACCUGCACAGUGAUGUCGACCAAGAAAAGAGGGAGAAAAUUCCCAAAGAGAUUGAGGAGGACAAACAAAAAACAGAGGAAGAUGAAAAUAAAGAUGGGAAAGCGGAGGAGACUUCAGGAGAGGCAUGGCAAUCCGAGUCUGAGUCUGAGUCGCAGCGCGUGUACAGUCAGGACUGCAGCUUUGAAAACAGCACAUACCACGUUGGGGACUUUGUCUACGUUGAGCCCUCAGAAUCAAAACUGAAGCCUCAUAUUGUCUGCAUAGAACGUCUCUGGGAGGAUGAAGCAGGUGAGAAGUGGCUUUAUGGCUGCUGGUUCUACAGACCCACUGAGACCUUCCACUUGGCUACACGCAAGUUUCUGGAAAAAGAGGUUUUCAAAGGCGACUAUUACAACAAACUUUCCAUCACUAAAGUUUUGGGCAAAUGUGUGGUCAUCUUUGUCAAGGAUUAUUUCAAAAUGCAACCGGAGGGCUUCAGAGCUGAGGACGUCUACGUUUGCGAGUCUCGCUACACUGCCAGGACCAAGGCUUUCAAGAAGAUCAAGAUCUGGGCCAUGCCGGAAAGCUCUGUGAAAUUAAUACCUCGAGAGGUGCCUCUUCCUGUCGUCCGCGUAGCCUCUAUGUUUGCCAAACCUGACCAAGACAGAUUGGCAAUGUCAUAUGCAGAAAGUGGCACUUUUGUGGACAAGGAGAGGGAGGAUGUCCAGAUGGAGAUGAGUGGGGCAGAGCCAGGCUGCCAGUUCUAUGAACAGUUGCGCUUCAACAGCAUGUGGUUUAAACUGGGUGACUGCGUUUACAUCCAGUCACACGGCCUGUCAAACCCAAGGAUUGCCAGGUUGGAAAAGCUGUGGGUGCAUAAUGGAACUGCCUUCUUCUUCGGACCCAUCUUCAUUCAUCCAGAGGAAACGGAGCAUGAGCCAACAAAGAUGUUCUACAAGAGAGAAGUGUUUCUGAGUCCCCUAGAGGAGACUUUGCCCCUGACUUGUGUAAUAGGGAAAUGCACAGUGUCCUCCUUUAAGGAUUACGUGUCAUGCAGACCCACAGAGCAUUCAGAGGACGAUGUCCUGCUGUGCGAGAGCCGCUACAUUGAGACAGAGAAGCAAAUGAAAAAGUUCAAGGGUCUGAAACGAUUCUCAUAUUCUUCCAAAGUGGUGGAGGAUGAGAUAUUUUAUUUCAGAAAAUUGAUUGUGCCACAGAAGGAGGCUUCACCCUUUUUGGACAAAAAGAUAGAUGAGCUUGAAGUUAAACUGGCAGAUAUAGAGGAUGCAGAUGAUGAUAUGGAGGAUAUGGAUGAUGAUGAAGAGGCUCCAGCGACACCUUCUUUGCCUCAGAUGCAAACCCCUCUUACUAACGACAUGGACAUCAUGCCGUACAUACCCUCACAGGCAACUCCUAAGAUUAAGGGCUUAUCAAAGAAGGAAGGAGCCAAGAGGAAGAUCAACAUGAGUGGCUACAUCCUGUUCAGCAGUGAAAUGAGAGCGGUCAUCAAAGCUCGACACCCUGACUUCUCUUUUGGCGAGCUGAGUCGACUUGUCGGCACAGAAUGGAGGAACCUCGAAGCUUCUAAGAAAGCAGAGUAUGAAGAGCGUGCAGCCAAAAUAGUGGAACAGCAGGAACGGGAUAGACCACCCCAGAAGCAAGCUUCCCCGAGAGCAGGUACCCCUGUAGGGGCACUGAUGGGGGUGGUGCCUUCGCCUAGCACUAUGGGAAUGAUAAACCAGACCAUGACACCUGUGUCAGGCAUGAUGGGAGCUUACGGCCCACCUUACAUGCCAAUGCAGGGCCCCCAUGAGGGUUUGCUGAGUGUGGCCCCAAUGCCACCUCACCCUGUAGGUGGUCCUCACCUGCAUCCUCAACAUCUCCAGCAAGGUAUGCCUGGAUACCCUGGCAUGCCUCAUCAGGGUAUGAUGGGUGCUGGUAUCAAUGGAAUGGCAGGAAGUCCUGUACAAGGAAACUUUAUACAACAGCCUGGAAUGUUCAGUCCAGGUCAACAUGCUCCUCCACCAUAUCCCGGACAGGCCCAGGUAGGCCAGCCCUCUCAUUUGCAGCCCACCACUCCCAUGUUCGUGGCACCACCACCAAAGACACAGAGGGUCCUCCACUCUGAGGCUUACCUGAAGUACAUUGAAGGAUUAAAUUCAGAAUCUGGCACGGUCAGCAAGUGGGACCAAACGCUGAAAGCUCAAAGGCGCGAUGCUCAUCUGACCAAAGAGCAAGAAAGUCGGCUUCCGGCUCACUGGCUGAAGAGCAAAGGAGCCCACACCACCAUGGUGGACGCAUUGUGGCGUUUGCGUGACUUGAUGUUGAGAGAUUCCCUGAACAUCUGCCAGGCUUACAACGUCUAA